AUGUCUCCCACAACCGCUGUUCCAAUCGUCUUGGGAUCAAUGACAAUAGGCAAGGCGGGCACGGCUCAUGUGCGAAUUGAUAAUGGGGUUGCCGGUGCCAACGCCAUGCUUGAUACAUUCCAGAAACACGGACACAAAGAGAUUGACACUGCCCGCGUCUAUGGUGCAGGGUCGACCGAGGAAUAUCUCGGCGAGGCCAACUGGCAGGGACGAGGACUACUUAUGGAUACGAAGCUUUACCCCUCUGCACGCCACGAUUUGACCUGGAUCACAUCCGAGCUGUAUACCCUCAGUGCGGCCGAUACCUGCAAAGGUCUAAUGCGAAGUUUGAAGGCGCUGCAGGCAGAGAAGACCGGCAUCGAGAUGUUCUACCUUCAUGGCCCGGAUAGAUCGACACCGAUUGAAGAGACGCUCGCUGAGGUGGACAGACUGUACCGAGAAGGACACUUUCGACGCUUCGGCAUCUCCAACUUCCAGUCAUGGGAAGUGGCUCGGAUCUGUGAGAUCUGCGAUAAGAAUGGAUUCAUCAAGCCCGCCACCUACCAGGGGGUGUAUAAUGCGUACCAGAGGUCCGUCGAGGCUGAACUCCUUCCUUGUCUCCGCCAUUACGGAAUUUGUUUAUAUGCAUUCCAGCCUUUGGCCGCGGGGCUUUUGACAUCGCGCUACCAGAGAAACCAAGAGGAGUAUGAGGCCGGAUCUCGCUUCGAUCCUAAGACGAAGAGUAACCUUAUCUAUCACGAUCGGUAUUUGACGGAUCGUAAUUUUGAUGCCCUGGAGCUUCUCCGUUCGCUUGGAGAAAAGUAUGGUCUUACCGAGGCAGAGUGUGGGUUGCGUUGGAUGAUGCAUCACAGUGCUUUGAAGAAGGAGCUUGGGGAUGCUGUUCUCAUUGGGGCGUCUAGCCCUGCUCAGCUGGAGAAAAACCUGCUCGAUUUCGAAAAGGGGCCGCUACCAGAGGAGAUUGUGCAGGCGUUAGACAAGGGAUGGAAGGGUAUUUCGGGGACUUAUAGAUACUGGCAUUAG